AUAUGUACACUCUACAUUUUAUUUUUGGGAAAGCAAUACACUUCUACAUGUUCAUUCAUUUAUAUAUCACGGAGUAUUUGAUUGUUUGAUGUCCGGUGGGAAUUUAUAAUUCCUUUUCUUGCCAAAAAAUUAAGUUAUGGGUUUAGUUUCUCUCCUUUUUCUCUUUCCUCUAUUGGCCCUGCCAUCUUUUUCCGGCGCAGAUAUCUCAGCUACGGUCGGAAUAUGCUACGGUCAACUGGGCAACAACCUUCCCACACCAUCACGAUCUGCAGAGCUCAUCCAUGGCUUAAAGGCGAAGCGGGUCAAGAUCUACGAUGCCAACCCGAAAAUCCUCAGAGCUCUCGGGAACUCCGAUGUUCAAGUGUCGGUCAUGGUUCCCAACGAGAUUAUCCCCAACAUUUCCUCCGACCAAGCUUUAGCCGACCGGUGGGUGGAGACCAAUGUGGUCCCGUUUUACGGCGAGACGAAGAUCCGGUACCUCCUCGUCGGGAACGAAAUCCUGAGCAACCCGCCGAACACCACGUGGUUUCAGCUCGUGCCGGCGAUGCGGAAAAUCCGGCGAUCCGUUAAGAAAUUCGGGCUGAGGAAGAUCAAGGUGGGGACGCCGUUAGCCAUGGAUAUGUUGGAGGCGUCUUAUCCGCCGUCCAGCGGGGCUUUCCGGUCCGACCUCACCGGUUCGGUUUUUAAACCGCUGUUACAGUUCCUGGACCGGACCAAUUCUUUCUUCUUCUUCGACGUUUACCCGUAUUUCGCGUGGGCGGCGCAGCCGACCGUUAUAAACCUCGAUUACUCGCUGUUAGAGCCGACGAAUAUCACCGUUAAAGAUCCGGGUUCGGGUCUGACGUAUACUAAUUUACUGGACCAAAUGAUUGACGCCGUUAUCUUCGCUAUGAAAAAACUCGGGUACCCGGACCUCCGCUUAUUUAUCGCGGAAACGGGUUGGCCCAACGGCGGCGACGUCGAUCAAAUCGGCGCGAGUAUUUAUAAUUCCGCCACGUAUAACCGGAACGUGGUGAAGAAGUUUACCUCGAAGGUGGGGACGCCGGCGAGGCCGGGCGUGGUAAUUCCGACGCUUAUUUUCGCUCUGUAUAACGAGAACCAGAAACCGGGUCCGGGUACGGAGCGGCAUUUCGGGGUGUUGUACCCGAACGGGACCAACAUUUACCCGAUUGACCUGUCGGGGAAGACGCCGGAAUCCGAAUUCCCGCCGCUGCCGAAGCCGACGACCAACCAACCGUACAAAGGAAAAGUUUGGUGCGUGGUGGCUCCGGCGGCGAAUCUAACCGCGGUGGCCGACGCUUUAUCGUACGCUUGCGGGCAGGGUAAUCGGACCUGCAACCCGAUCCAACCGGGCGGCGCGUGUUACAACCCGAACUCAUUGAUCCGCCAUGCGAGCUAUGCUUUCAGUUCGUACUGGGCACAGUUUCGCAGUCUCGGCGGGACAUGUUACUUCAACGGACUCGCCGUUAAGACAAUCAAUGAUCCCAGUUAUGGAGCAUGCAAGUACCCCAGUAUUACACUUUGAUGGCGAAGAAGUAGUCGCCGCCGGCGAGACCAGAAGACACCGGAAAACUGAUAGAAAAGCAACAAAUGUUUUCCUUAACACCAUUUAUCCUUAAACCAUCAUAAUCCUGUUCUUGAAGUUAUACGUUGUAAUGAUUAGUUUUGCAUAAUUCUUUGGAUUAAUGAAUCAUUCUGAGUU